GGGAACAGCUCGUGAUGACUUGUUCUGUGGUGCUCGAGCGCCUCCGUGACGACGCGACUGUACAUAGUGGAACCAAAUCAUACGGCUGCGACCACUGUGGCAAAAUGUUCAAAAACAAGUGUAUUUUAAGGAAACACAUUCAGCACACGCACUUGUCGAUCGGUCCAAAACAAUUUCCUUGUGAUUUUUGUAGUUCUACAUUCCGAACAGAAUCGCUUGUUUUAGAGCAUGAAAAAUUCGAACAUGGUGUUACAAAUUUCAUGUGUGCUCAUUGUGAGUAUACAACGAUCUACAAGAGAAGUUUGCAAGCUCAUUUGAAAACUCACGACAGCCUUUUUAAUUGUACUCACGGCAGUUACAAAAGUCCUAUUAUAAGUGAUUUACACGAACAUCAAGCGAUGCACACUGGUGACAAGAAGACACACAAACGAACUCACCGAAGAAUACACGCCAGAGAAAAGUCUUAUACUCGUAAGUGUAGUCGUUGCGACUACACGUGCAGUACUGGAUUUAUGCUACGAAGACAUACAAUUACACACACCGGCGAGAAACCUUUUACAUGUAGAUACUGUGAUUACAAAUGCAGUCGGAAAUCAUACUUACAAACACACCAAAGAAUACACACCGGAGAAAAGCCUUACAAAUGUAGUCAUUGUGACUACAAGUGCCGUAUUAAAUCACGCUUACAAAUACACCAAAGAAUACAUACCGGAGAAAAGCCUUACAAAUGUAGUCAUUGUGACUACAAGUGCAAUAACAGGUCAGCCUUACGCAAUCACGAAAUGAGACAUACUGGCGAGAAGCCUUUUCAAUGUAGCCACUGUGAUUACAAAUGCAGUGAAAAUUCAACUUUAAAAACACACCAGAGGAUACAUACUGGAGAAAAGCCUUACAAAUGUAGUUAUUGUGACUACAAGUGCAGUGAUAGUUCAGCCUUACAAACACACCGAAGAAUACACACCGGAGAAAAGCCGUAUAAGUGUAGUCAUUGCGAUUACAAGUGCAAUACUGGAAGUAUGCUACGAAUCCAUACAAUGACACACACCGGCGAGAAUCCUUUUUCAUGUAGAUACUGUGAUUACAAAUGCAAACAGAAAUCACAAUUACAAAAACACCAAAGAAUACACACCGGAGAAAAGCCUUACAAAUGUAGUCAUUGUGACUACAAGUGCAGUGAUAGGUCAGUCUUACGCAAACACGAAAUGACACAUACUGGAGAGAAGCCUUUUCAAUGUAGCCACUGUGAUUACAAAUGCCGUCAGAAUUCAAAUUUAAAAACACACCAGAGGAUACAUACUGGAGAAAAGCCUUACAAAUGUAGUCAUUGUGACUAUAAGUGCAGUGAUAGGUCAGCUUUACGCAAUCACGAAAUCACACAUACUGGCGAGAUGCCUUUUCAAUGUAGCCACUGUGAUUACAAAUGCCGUCGGAAUUCAAAUUUAAAAACACACCAGAGGAUACAUACUGGAGAAAAGCCUUACAAAUGUAGUCAUUGUGACUAUAAGUGCAGUGAUAGGUCAGCCUUACAAAUACACCGAAGAAUACACACCGGAGAAAAGCCGUAUAAGUGUAGUCAUUGCGAUUACAAGUGCAGUACUGGAAGUACGCUACGAAGACAUACAAUGACACACACCGGCGAGAAACCUUUUUCAUGUAGAUACUGUGAUUACAAAUGCAAUCAGAAAUCGGACUUACAAAUACACCAAAGAAUACACACCGGAGAAAAGCCUUACAAAUGUAGUCAUUGUGACUACAAGUGCAGCCAUAGGUCAAUGUUAUGCAAACACGAAAUGACACAUACUGGCGAGAAGAGUUUUCAAUGAAACUGUGUGUGUGUUUUAAAUUAAUUAUUUUACACCAUGCAUGAAAUAAAGCAGUAGAAGAUUAAUAGAGAAACAUGAACAGAAGUUAUUUUUAGACAUCAUUUCUAUUUUAAAACCCGUAUUAAACUAUAAAGAGUAGGUAAUUUGAUCGUGACGUCACAUGCUAGCGUUUCAUAUAAAUUUCAUAGUAGCAAAAUCGUUUAGACAGUUCGGAAAAAGAAACCGAUUUGACUAGUAGUCAAAUACCCUAUAGCGACUACAAGUGCAGCAUGAAGAGAGUACUGUAACGUAGUACAUUUUUCUAAAUUUAAAAUAAAUAUUUUGGGUCAAUUGAUAAUUAAAAGAAAAAUACCUCUUCUAAUUUCAACGUUUUUAACGGUGUCCAAAACAAACCACAUUGAUUGCAUUUCUAUGCAUAAUCUGUUGCAUUCAGAUGCACCUCUCGAUGCUUAUCUGUUGUCGGGGUUGUCAUAUGACUAAAAAUAAUUAAAACUUGAGAUAUUUAUGUUGUCACUCCAGGAAAACUUUGUAUGAAUUAGGUAUGAUUUAUUAGAUAAAAAACAAUUUUGAUGUAAAACAAAACAUAGAAAUUACAGACUUACAAAGUGGCUCUGGAAUGAAACAAUAUUAGAUUAAAUGGUAAAAAUAUAUUUCUUAGGCUCAGGAGUGAUAUUGUCUAAAUAAUUCAGACAGAAUUUUCGUGGGAUUUGUGUCUUCAAGGGACUACCACCCUAUUACCUUUUGUUAGGGCUCUCAGGGACUCCAUAUUGGAGAUCAUUAGAGAAUGAUAUGCACAUUUGAUUUGGGAACCCCUCUGGGGACACUCGCUCGCAAGAGCCCAAUUUGUGGGAAGACCACACUUUCGGCAUGGUGGUCCGAAAGAUGGAAACGGCUUGAGUCCUUCGGAAGCUCCACUGAGUGAGUAGAAAUUAAAUUUCGUGGUGAUCAACUCCACAAUGGCGCGAAACGUUGUGGGUUUGUUCUUAACCAGAUUUUGGUUCUUUGCAGAGAGACUCCUGCUCGAGGGAAGGGAGCGCUCCGCCAGAAGUCUUAGCAGCUUCCAGUGCGGUGAGCCAACUUUCCAAU